GAGUGGCAGCCAUUAAUGAUUUAGCUUGAGGAGGGAGGGGACGACAGGAGAGGAAGAGCUCCUAACUCUCUCCCUGAGGAACAGCAGCUCUAACGGCAGAAAACUUUAGUCUCACACACAGAUAAGACACUUGGGGAAAAUUGAGGACAGCAGCUCCAACAGGAGAAAACUUUAGACACACGCACAGGAACAAGACCUGAGAGGAAAACACUUUUUGGGGAAGAUCUGUGAAAAUCUAAUGUGUGAGGUUUUCUUGUGUUCUUAAUUUAAAAAUAUAAAAGCGCCUGUGUGAUCCUGAGAUACUGCAAGAAGUCACGAUGUUCGCUGUGCACUUGUUGUCUUUUUACUUCACCAAGCUACAGGAGGAUCAGAUCAAAAAGGUGGACCGGUUCCUAUAUGCCAUGCGUCUGUCUGAUGAACAGCUCUUGGACAUUCAGUCUCGAUUCCGUGUGGAGAUGGAGAAAGGCCUGUCUAAAGAGAGCAAUGUUGCCGCUACAGUCAAAAUGCUACCCACACACGUCCGCUCUACUCCUGAUGGCUCAGAGAAGGGUGAGUUCCUGGCACUAGAUCUCGGGGGUUCCAAGUUCAAAGUCCUGCAGGUGAAGGUAUCUGAGGAUGGGAAGAGGAAAGUGCAGAUGGAGAGCGAGACUUUUCCAGUUCCUGAGGAGGUUCUCAGUGGGAGAGGAACAGAUCUUUUUGAUCAUGUGGCAGAGUCUUUAAAAACCUUCAUGCAGAAGAAAAACAUCAAUCAGAAGAAAAAGCCACUAGGCUUCACCUUCUCCUUCCCCUGUCUCCAGUUUAAACUUGAUGAGGGUGUGUUACUCUCAUGGUCAAAGAACUACAGGUCCAGAGGUGUUAAAGGUACCAACGUGGUACAGUUACUGAGGCAAGCCAUCAACAAAGUUGGGGGGAUUGAUGUGGAUGUUCUGGCGUUGGUCAAUGACACAGUGGGGACCAUGAUGACUUGUGGAUAUGAUGACCAGCAUUGUGAGGUCGGAGUCAUCAUAGGUACGGGCACUAAUGCAUGCUACAUGGAGGAGAUGAGACACAUUGACUUGGUGGAGGGAGACGAGGGCAGGAUGUGCAUCAAUACAGAAUGGGGAGCGUUUGGAGAUGACGGGGUGCUUGAUGAUUUCAUUACAAGUUUUGACCUGGAAAUUGAUGCAGCCUCCAUCAACCCUGGAAAACAACUAUUUGAGAAGAUGGUGAGUGGGAUGUACAUGGGAGAACUGGUGAGGCUCAUCUUGUUGAAGAUGGCUAAACGUGGCCUGCUGUUUAAAGGAAGAGUCUCAGAUGCUCUUCGUACCAAAGGGAGAUUUCAAACUAAGCACGUCUGCAUGAUAGAAGAGUACAAAGACGGGCUGAAGAACACUAAAGAUAUCCUUACAGAGCUGGGUCUCAGUCCCACAGAGGACGACUGCAUUGCUGUCCAGCAUGUUUGCACCAUUGUAUCCUUCAGGUCGGCUAAUCUGUGCGCUGCUGCACUGGCUGCCAUCCUCACACGCAUCCGGGAGAACAAGAAGCUAAAGACGCUAAGGACAACCGUUGGAGUGGAUGGAACAGUCUACCGAACUCAUCCUCAGUAUGCAAAGAGGCUCCAUAAAGUGGUGCGCCGCCUGGUCCCUGAGUGCCAUGUCCGUUUUGUGUUGUCUGAGAGUGGCAGCGGUAAAGGGGCAGCCAUGGUGACUGCAGUUGCCCAACGCCUAGCAUCACAGCGCAAAGAGAUUGACAACACACUAGCAGAAUUCACCCUCAGCCCCACACAACUCCAACAAGUUAAAGAUAAGAUGCGAGUGGAGUUGGAGCGUGGCCUCAGAAAGGACUCACAUGGAUCUGCCUCAGUCAAAAUGCUGCCCUCGUAUGUUUACAAGACUCCAGAUGGCACAGAGACAGGGAAAUUCCUGGCCUUGGAUCUGGGUGGAACAAACUUCAGAGUGUUGGUGGUGAAGAUCCGUAGUGGAAUUCGCAAAUCUGUCCGCAUGUAUAACAAGAUCUAUGCCAUCCCACUGGAAAUCAUGCAGGGCACUGGAGAGGAGCUCUUUGAUCACAUAGUGCAUUGUAUCUCAGAUUUCCUGGACUACAUGGGGAUGAAAAACACCUGCCUUCCCCUCGGCUUCACCUUCUCGUUUCCGUGCAGACAGACUGGAAUAGAUAAGGGAAUCUUGGUGAGCUGGACAAAAGGCUUCAAAGCUACUCACUGUGAGGAGAAUGAUGUGGUAGACAUGCUGAGAGAGGCCAUUAAGAGACGAAAUGAAUUUGACCUUGAUAUUGUUGCUGUGGUAAACGAUACGGUUGGCACGAUGAUGACAUGCGCAUAUGAAGAUCCUAAUUGUGAAAUUGGACUAAUUGCUGGAACAGGCAGCAAUGUUUGCUACAUGGAACACAUGAAGAACAUUGAAACAGUAGAAGGGGAUGAGGGGCACAUGUGUGUGAACACUGAGUGGGGUGGUUUUGGGGAUAAUGACAACAUUGAGUAUAUCCGGACACGGUUUGACCGGGAGGUGGACAGCGGCUCCCUGAAUGUGGGAAAACAGAGGUUUGAGAAGAUGACCAGUGGAAUGUACCUGGGAGAAAUUGUCAGGCAGAUUCUCAUAGAUCUCACCAAACGGGGUCUUUUGUUUCGUGGCCACAUUACAGAGUGUCUUAAGACAAGAGGCAUCUUUGAGACCAAGUUUCUCUCACAGAUUGAAAGUGAUCGUUUGGCGUUACUGCAAGUCAGAUCUAUUCUGCAGCAUUUGGGUCUGAACAGUACAUGCAAUGACAGUAUCAUCGUUAAGGAAGUGUGUGGUGUUGUGUCACACCGAGCUGCACAGCUCUGCGGUGCGGGGAUGGCUGCUAUUGUAGACAAAAUCAGGGAGAACCGAGGACUGGACCAUCUGGACAUCACUGUGGGGGUGGAUGGCACGCUUUACAAACUCCAUCCACACUUCUCAAGAAUUCUGAAAGACACAGUGAAAGAACUUGCCCCCAUGUGUAAGGUGGAUUUCAUCCUGUCUGAGGAUGGCAGUGGGAAGGGAGCAGCACUUAUUACAGCUGUGGCUCGUCAAUAUUGUAAGAAGACAUAACCAAACUGAAGUGCAUUGUGUUCUUUCAAGCAGAUAUACUGGGAGGUUAUUUAUCUGGUAUAGGUUAUCUAUCUGUAGCUGGAAAUUAACAGCAAAGGCACCUGGAAGCUAUCCAACUGCAUAAAUAUAAACAAAUAAACCUCAAGAAGCUAAAACAGUUUCUAUAUCUUAGGAGUUUUGUUGGAUAUGAUUACAAGUACUGGCUAGAACACUGAUUGGAAUGUUUCUGUUCAUUUAUUUUGGCUGUGUAGCAUUUUAAUAAUUAAAAACAAAGUAUGAACCAGGACAUAUAAAACAGAAGCUUUUAACAUAUAAAACAGAAGCUUUUCUGUCUGCAGAAUCGUCACUCAGACCGUUGCAGACUGACUGUUUUACUUUUUUUAUGAUUUCAUCUCAGGUUGUCAGCUGUGCAGCUGACUUCACUGCUGUCACACACUGUGUGAAUAAUUGCUCCCUUUGCAGCCCCCCCUUCCCUUUUUCUCAUGUGAGUGAGCAGGUUUGCAUGGGCAGACAGAGAGAAUAGCAUGGAUAAGGCUCAUGUAGAGCGGAAACUGGCUUUGUAUACUGGAAUGUCACAAGUGUAUUUAGACUUGCCAUGAACAGGCUCUCAUCCCCACAAGGUGUCCAGCAAGUUAAGAGCAACAAAAAUCCCACAAAACAUUAUUGCUUUGAGAAUGUGGAGAGGAGCUCUCUUUGUGUAUGAUCUUUACAGGAUUGUUAAUCUUUUGUUAAUCAGUUGUAAUUUUUGUCCAGAGUAUUGUGAACACAGUUUAUGUAUAGCAUUUCAUUCACCUAUUUUUUUUAAUUCCAAAAUGUAGAAUGUUUGAUUAUAUAUUAUUAUUACAGCAAUCAGCACUGUCAGCAUAUCAAAACAUGACAUUAAAUAUAUUUAUAAUCUCCAAAUAGCCAUUGUAGUUUUAGUUGAAAAAUUAUUACAAAUUAGGUUAGAAUUGUGUUGCUAACUAUUUCUGAUAGCUGAUAAUGUAGAAAAUUCAUAUGGUGCAGUGAACACAAAUUUAUUGGUCUAUAUAUUGAAUUAAGCUUCAGUAGGAUUAUACAGAUAUAAGACUUCAAUCAGGUCAGUGCAGUAAGGGGAAAACUACUCACGUUAAUCCUCCCUGCUAAUGUGAACCAAAUUCUUUCGCUGGCAAAGCCAACAGCUGAACAUACACAGUGUAUCUUACACACACAACUAUGCAUACAUGAGCUCCUGCUAAGACUGACACACAUACACACAGUAACGCAAUGUUUUCAUGAACUGUCUUUAGCUUGGUGAUGCAUCAUUAAGGCUCGUAUAUUAUUGCAUUAGUUAAAAGACCUAAAAGGUUUCAUGUCAGUAAAACAGUUCAAUGUAGUUGUGAUAGUUUAAUCAGCUGUUGAUUUUAACACUCGUUAUAGACUUAUCUGUUCUCCAUUUCUCAUGCAGUCCUUCAUAAAUGCUACAGUACACUUUCUCUUCUCAUGACAAUGUUCAGAUAUUCACAUCUGCUAUUGUACUCUCCAACAGGUAGACUAUCUGCAUUAUUCGACUUUUUGUCCAUCAGCUUUCUCCUUGUUUUAAGCUGCUGCCAAUGACAAAUACUUUGCAUUUUGUCUGAUUUGUUAUUGAUCAACAAUACCAGGUUUCAUUCCAAAAUUUUAUUAGGGCAUGCAUAGGUCUGCCUCACUCAGAAUAGAGCUACUGUCAUGGUUUGAUUAUGUAAGUGCCAUUGCUUAAAUCCCUCCGAAUCCUAUCUCAAGGGGCAAACUAGUUCACCCUGACUUUGCGAUUAUCUAAUCUACUUGUUGGACUACCAGUCUUCAACCAUGGAUAGCAAUGAGAAAAUAGAGGUUUUACCGCAUGUAGGUAUAUGCUCUGUGUGUCUAUGUUGCAUAUUAGACCUUGUUUUAAAAAUUAAUUUAUGGAUAAUUUUAUUUGAUUAAUUGUGUAAAUUAGGACAGCAGCAGGCAAUGUCUACCAGUCUGUCUUGGCAGCAAACAGCACAUAGCUUCUGCCUAUUCAAUUAUUCAACAUGUGCAGAUUAUUUCUUUACCUCAUAACAAUCCAUUAUAACAUUUAAGAUAACUGAAGCUACACUUGCUGUCCUGUGUUAAAUAAAAUUUGGCUUUAUUUAUUCAAGUGAUUCUUCAAUAAUUAAUGAUAGUGAUAAAUAUUGUACAGGACCACUGGUUACUACUAACUGUUGUACAAAUCUUUUCCCAAUUUUGUUUUUACCUGUUAAAUUACAAUUAAUGUUGGAGUACUGAGUAUGUAUUUGUUGAAAAUCCCUACAGUUACAUUCAAAUUCCUGCUGUGUAGUAUCUGGGAAACGCCUUAAUAUUGUGAAGCAUUGGCUAUCUGCAAAUUAAGUUUCACCCAGUCUGUUUACUUAUUAGACUGAAUUGUGUGCUUAAAACGUUUAUCAUGCCUGCCAGUAAGCAUGAAUGAGUGUUUUACUACUCGUUGCACCUACCAUGUGAGUUACUAUAAAAUCCAGAUAAUUCCACUUGCCACUGUGAGAUGUAAUUGCUCCAGUCAUGACCAGAUUCGAUCUGUGCAAACACAAUAAACAUUCUCAAUCUGUGA